AGUUCCAGUUUUGUCACUGCAAAGCACAUCCAUGCCGGCCAUUUCUUCAAUUGCUGUCAUUCUCUUAGUGAUGGCUCCCUGCAGACAAGACCGUUGGCAUUGCAAUUGGAAUUCCUCCAAUCAGAAGCACGAGCAAAUUAUCAAUUCCUGGACGAUAAGCACGGUGUUGAAUAGGGUACAUAACAAUAAUCUCGAUAAUCAUUCCCACUGCAAUCGAGCAUAUGCAGAAGUUCCCAAUCGCAUGAGCUGCCUUCCCAAAGAAUGUAUGAACACCAGUUGCAAUGACCACAGCAUCAAUUUCGCCCUGUUUCACUGUAGAACCCGAGUAAACACCAUCUCCAGGGGCUUUUGUCACGGGCAGGGAUUCACCAGU